CCAAAUAAACAACUCUGAUUUUACUUCCAUGCAUAGUAUUGCUUAUUUUCAUUUAAACAACAUUUAUUAUUAAUAAGAUAUGUCUGUUGUUCAAAUCGUUCAACACGAUGAAGUUAUAUACACAAUUUUAGAUAAACCUCCUCCGGACCCACCUAAAACACCAAGAUAUGAGUCAAAAUUAGAAAGACAAUUGAAAGAAACGAAAACACCUCAAACUCGUUUCGACUUCGGUUAUGCAGAAGUACCUUUAAAAAAACCUGAGGAUUUUCUAAAAAAGGGUGAAGGGAUUGGUCAGCCCAUAAAGAAAUCCGAUCAUAAGUGCUUGGUGUCAGGAACUCUGCCACCAGUUCCGCGACGGCCCCCACCUGGAAAGAAGUCCGAUAAGCCUCAGAAAAAUUUCAGAGUGGAAAACAUAAAAAAGGCCAUCAAAACUAAAGCAAAACCUCCACAGCCUAGGUUAGUUGACACUAGAGACGGCCAUAUAAAGAAGAUAAAGGGGUCUGGUGAGGUGCCGGAAUAUUGUUUGCGUCCCGAUUUUGGUAAAAUACCUGGGUAUUUAAUGAAAAGGAACCGGAAAAUCCAAAAGGAUCUUGAAAAAAUGAAAUACAUAGAAGAACACAAAGAAAGCUUGUGUAAGCUAAUAAACGAGCAAGAAAGGGAAAAACUUCUAGAGGACUUAAAAUACAAAUGGCAAGUAAUGCAGAAAGCGUUCUUGCAACUGCCAAUGCUGACAGAUACCAUCCCGAAAAUUCUACGGAAGACUAAAAUGGAACAAGAGUUAAAACAAUUAGAAAAAGACAUUGCACUUAUAGAAUCAAAUCCUUAUAUAUACAUUUACGAGUAGAGAUUUCGUCGGCUAAAACGUAAAUUUAUCUACAUAUAAAAUGCUUAUUAUGAAAUGGAAAUACUCUAAUGAUAUUUAUAGUUGCAUUAAAU